AUGUGGUCAUGUGCUGUAAUCUGGCCAAAUGUGGUCAUGUGCUGUAAUCUGGCCAAAUGUGGUCAUGUGCUCACCGCUCGUUCCGCCACGGCCAUUCUCUUCCCGGACGAGGCAGUGGUGGUGGAGGGGCACGUGCACGUCACACUGCUGCACGGCGCUGCCUCUCUGCACGGCUUCGCCCUGUCCCUGCACCGCCCCACCGCCCUCUCUGCUGACGCCACCCUCUCCUCCGCCGUGCUGCUCCACGUCGCCCCGCCUGCCCAGCAUGGCCCCCCUGCUGCCCCUCCUACCGCUGCUGCUCCUGUGAGAGAGGAGGGCGAGAGUGGGGGAGCGGGUUCUCCGUGGGGGAAUGUGGCUGCUAGUGAGAGGAGGGUGGUGGUGAGCGAGUGGGAUGAUAAUCUGUCACCACCAUGCCCUGUCACCACCAUUCCCUGUCACCACCAUGCCCUGUCACCACCAUGCCCUGUCACCACCACCAUGACCCCUACUAUUGGCUUCAUCCCCUUACCAUCGCUCUAUCGUUCUCCUUAUCCGCCUCCUCUUGCUGCCCUCUCCCCCCAAACCCUGCCUGAGGCUGACGGGGUGGGGCGGCUGAAAACCACUUCAGAUGGCAUUCCUUGUGCCCAACUGUCCCCCUCAUGGCACCCCCACUCCCCAGGAGCCGAGCGCACCGCUGCUGAGGCUGAGAGAUGUGGGACGGCUAAGGAAGCCACUCGGGCGGCGUUUCUGUGCGGGCUGCACACUCACAGAGUGCCUUCCUUCCCUUUGCCUCACCACCACCGCUCCCCUCUCCUUUCCACCUUCCCCACCACGCCGCUGCUGAGGCUGAUAAAUAAAUGCGGGGCAAAUGAGGAAACCCCAAAUUUUGCACGGGCUGCACAGUCACUGUAUGCCCCCGCUCCGCCUCUCUACACCCCCACCCAUCUCCGCUUCCCCUCUCCCCCACCCCCAGGAGCCGAGCAAGCUGCUGCUGAGGCUGAGAGAUGUGGGCCGGCCAAAACAAAUUGCUACAGGCGGCCUUUUUGUGCAGGCUGCCUGCAUACCCACAGAGUGCUUCCCCUCUGCCAAUCUACACCACGCCUCCCCCACCCAUCUCCUCUCCCCCCACCGCCACUCCCCCAGGAGCCGAGCACACCGCUGCUGAGGCUGAGAGAUGUGGGGCGGCUAAGAAAACCGCUCCAGGCGGCCUUCCUGUGCGGGCUGCACACUCACAGAGUGCCCCCCCGGGGGCAUGGGCAGGGCGGGCAGGGGCUGGGGGGUGGCGGGAGCGGGGGUAGAGCCAGGGGGAAAAAAGGGGGAAAGCGGUAUGAGGGGGACCGUGGGGCUUGGGAGGCGUUCUCGUGGACCCCGCCUAAGGGGAAGAAAGGGGGCGGGGGCGGGGGCGGGGGAGGGGGAGGGGGAGGGGGAGGGGGAGGGGGAGGCGGAGGGGGAGAUGGAGGGGGAGGGGGAGGCGGAGGAGGGGGAGGGGGAGGGGGAGGAGGAGGAGGAGGAGGAGGAGGAGGAGGAGGAGGAGGAGGAGGAGGAGGAGGAGGAGGAGGAGGAGGAGGAGGAGGAGGAGGGCAGCAAGCGGCAGGGCCAUGGAGGCAGGAGGGGCGGGUGCUGACGAACUCAGAGAUGAAGGGGUGGGAGGCGGUGCGGUGCGAUGUGGUGAGCCGCGAGUGGGAGGAGGCGGGGCGCUCUGUGGUGGGCGGGAGGAAGCGCAGCAAGAGGAGGGCGCGCGGGGAGGUGCGGGUGCCCAUAGUGAUGGUGAUGGGUGGCGUGAACACUGGCAAGUCAACGUUUGCCAAGUUCCUAGUCAACCACAUGCUGGGCAGGUAUGGGUGGUCAACCACAUGCUGGGCAGGUAUGGGUGGUCAACCACAUGCUGGGCAGGUAUGGGUGGUCAACCACAUGCUGGGCAGGUAUGGGUGGUCAACCACAUGCUGGGCAGGUAUGGGUGGUCAACCACAUGCUGGGCAGGUAUGGGUGGUCAACCACAUGCUGGGCAGGUAUGGGUGGUCAACCACAUGCUGGGCAGGUAUGGGUGGUCAACCACAUGCUGGGCAGGUAUGGGUGGUCAACCACAUGCUGGGCAGGUAUGGGUGGCCAACCACAUGCUGGGCAGGUAUGGGUGGCCAACCACAUGCUGGGCAGCUCCUGCUUCCCCGGUCCUCUGCCACUCCUCUCCUCACCACCUCUCCCCCGCUUUCCGCUGCUCCCCCACCUGCUCCCAACGCACCCCUGUGUGGCUUUCCUCACCAGGCACCCCUGUGUGGCUUUCCUCACCAGGCACCCCUGUGUGGCUUUCCUCACCAGGCACCCCUGUGUGGCUUUCCUCACCAGGCACCCCUGUGUGGCUUUCCUCACCAGGCACCCCUGCACCCCUGUGUGGCCUUCCUGGACACGGACGUGGGGCAGCCCGAGUUCACUCCACCCGGCAUCGUCUCGCUGCACCUCCUCUCGCACCCCGUCUUUGGCCACCCUGCACUGCAUCAGCGCACCCCCCUGGCAAGCCAUCUGUACGGCGACAUCAGCCCAGGCGGUGACCCUGCGCUGUACCUGCGGCAGCUCUUCUCGCUCUACGACUGCUUCCGACUGAACUACUACGAUGGGCAUGGGGCGGGGGCAUUACCACUGGUCAUCAACACACACGGGUGGAUCAAAGGAAUCGGGUAUGAUGCUCUGGUGGAUCUGAUGCGCUACGUGGCGCCCACACACGUCAUCUCGCUGCUCGCACCCGACGCUGCGGACAACCUGCCUGCCGGCCACUUCUGGCAGCCGGGGGGGUUCGCCCCCGAGGAUAUCAACCCCAACAUGACGCCCCUGGGGGGCGUGGGGGGCGGUGGCGAGGGCGCCGGGGGGGUGGGAGGGGAGUGGGAUGGGGAGGGGGAGGGGGGCGAUGUGGGGGGUGCGGGUGGAGGUGCAGGGGUACAAGCUGGGGGAGGGGUUUGGGGGGGGGGAGGAGGAGGAGAUGGGGGAGGAGAGGGAGUGGAAGCAGUAGCAGCAUCAGCAGCAGCAGUGCAGGGGGGAGCAGCAGCAGGGGCAGUGGUGCGCACGUCAUUAAUCACAAUCACAUCGCUGUCUGCCAGCGCUGGACCUGGCGUGAGCAACUCCUACCGGGUGGCACACGAGCAUCGCAGUCUGCGGGUGCUAGCAGCCAUCCGCCAUGCUCUCUCUCCCUCCCGCCGCCUCGCCCUCUACAAGCUCGCCCGCCACAUUUCCCCCCACCCCGCCCCACCCACUGCCACCGCCCCCUCUUCCACCGCCCCUCCCUCUUCCUCCACCUUUCCCUCCUCCUCCGCCGCCCCCCCUGCGUCCUGCCCUCCCUCGCGCCCCUCGCCCGCGCUCCCCGCGCCCAUCUUCCUGUUCCCGUUUGACGAGCGGUGGGAGAUGGCUCGCUGUGCGCGCCUGCUGGCGUGGCGGGCGCCCUUCGAGGUGGACCUGGGGGAGCUGCACGUGGGCUGCGCGCAUGGCGAGCAUGCUCAUAGCUCUCAACACUUCCAUCGUGGGCCUCUGCUCCCCCUCCAACACCCUCCUCGCCUCAUUCCCCUGCUCCAUCCCCUCCCCGUCUCUAACCCCCCUCCUGCCCCUCCCCCUCUCCCGGCAACACACUCAUCACCCUCAACGUCCUCACACCCCCCCCUCUCUCUCCCUCCUCCGUACCCAACCCUCCACUUCUUCCCCCUGACCCCUUACCCCCUGCAGCUGUUCCCCGGCAACCCACUCAUUGCCCUCAUCGUCUCAAUUGCCUCCCCUUUUCCCUCCUCCGUACCUCCCACCCUCGCAAUCCCCCCCUUUCCCCCCCCUCCCGUGCCCCCGCCCCCCUCCCCGCCACAGCUGUCCCCUGCCAACACGCUCAUCGCCCUCAAUGCCGCUAUCGUCGGCCUCUGCUCGUCCUCCCCUCCCCCUCUCCCCUCCCUGCCGCCUCCGCCCUCCCUGCCCAUGAUAUGCUCUCUGCACUCUCACUGCACCCGAAUCUCUCUCACCGUCAGUGCUUAUGACCGUUAUUAUGACCCGACUCAUCAUCACCAGCACCAGACGUGUUCAGGGGCAUGGAUGGUUGCGGGGCUGUGGUGUGGCGACACAUAUGCAUGCUCUGUCUGCCCUCUCGCUGCUCCAUGCACUCUUCGUCCUGCUGCCCAGCCCACAAUGCCACCCCUCUUGAUGACUGUUCUCAUCGUCCCCACCACCAGGCGUGGUGAGGGGGGUGGACGCCAGCAGGGGAGUGGCACACGUGGUGGCGCCACUACCACUCGCCCGCAUGCACCACGUCGACACUCUCCUCAUCUCGCACCUCCACCUGCCUUCUCCGCUGCUCCUAGUAAGUUCAAUCCUCCUCAUUCUGCACCUCCACCUGCCCUCUCCGCUGCUCCUGGUCAGAGCAUUCUUGCACCUAUCCGCUCUCUCUUGCUCUCCCCUGCCUUUGUCUCCCUCCUCAACCACCCAGUGAACGACCUGGUCUCACCGUACCUCUGCUUCCACUUUCUUGCCGAUGCCCUUCCCAACUUGCUGUGCUCCCGUAUACCCCACAACCUACUCCCCCCCAUUUUCCCCGCCUCUCUCCCCCCCCCUUCCCCCAACCCCCAGUGCAACGACCUGGUGUCACCGUACCUCUGCUUCCACUCACUCGCCGACGCCACUCUAGGCGCCAAGGAGCUGCCCAUUAGGGAGGUCAAGCGGUGA